UCCACGGAAUUAGCCAGCUCCUCUGAAGGCAAACACACAUUAUCAAGCUCUCACAGCCACCUGCUCUCCAGCAAUGCCUCCAGACUUUGACACCAACAUGAAGUUCAAGUUCUCGAUCCUGGCGCUUCUUCUGGAAGUGAUUGUCAUUGUUUUGUAUGGGAUAUUUGUGGAUUAUGACCCAGAUCCUUCUGCAAAGUUAUACCCACACUUUCAGGAUGUCCAUGUGAUGAUAUUUGUUGGAUUUGGUUUCCUGAUGACCUUUCUGAAGAAAUAUGGAUUCAGCAGUGUUGGUUUCAACAUGCUCAUUGCUGCCUUCGGUCUCCAGUGGGGAAUUCUGGUGCAAGGAUUUUGGCAUAUGGAAAGAGGGAAAAUUUCUGUUAACAUCGAAAGCAUGAUAAAUGCAGACUUCAGUACAGCAACUGCUUUGAUUUCAUUUGGGGCACUCCUGGGGAAAACAAGUCCCAUUCAGAUGCUGAUCCUGACUCUCCUGGAGAUCACCAUGUUUGCAUGCAAUGAACACCUAGUUACCAAAGUAUUCAAGGCCACAGAUGUUGGAGCUUCGAUGACUAUCCAUGCUUUUGGAGCUUAUUUUGGUUUGGCUGCAGCUUUCGUCUUGUACCGUCCUGGUCUGACAAACAAACAUGAAAAUGAUGAAUCCACCUAUCACUCAGACAUGUUUGCCAUGAUUGGUACCCUGUUCCUUUGGCUUUUUUGGCCCAGUUUUAACUCUGCCAUUGCAGAAGCCCAGGUAACAGCCAUUAUCAACACUUACUACUCCUUGGCUGCCUGUACUGUCGUAACAUUCGCCCUCUCCAGCUUGGUGGACAAAAGAGGCAAAUUCAGUAUGGUUCUCAUUCAAAAUGCCACCCUGGCAGGAGGAGUAGCAGUGGGUACCUGUGCUGACCUGAAAAUCCACCCUUUUUCUGCCAUGUUCAUUGGGGUCAUUGCUGGAAUUGUCUCUGUCCUUGGGUUCCAGUUCCUGACUCCUGUGAUGGCAACCAAGCUGAAAAUUCAAGACACUUGUGGAGUUCAUAACUUACAUGGUUUACCUGGAAUUCUGGGGGGUAUUGCUGGCAUCAUAGUGGCUGCAGUAAAAAUGGAAAGUAGGAAUGGUCAAGUGCUUACUCCUGCCCUGCAGGCUGCUGCCCUGGGAAGUACACUUGGAAUUGCAAUUGUGGGAGGAGCACUCACAGGUGCUAUUCUAAAGCUCCCCUUCUUGGGACAAGUAUCUGACCAGAACUGCUUUGAUGAUUCUGCUUAUUGGGAGGUUCCAGAGGAGGAGAUAGUACCUGAAAUUCACUCCAGCCACCGUGAUGAGCACAGCAGAUUUGAAGCUGCCAUGUAGAAAAAUAAUUAAUCUGCAGUAUUUGUCUUAAUGAUGCUCUUUUCUGUUUCUAAUGCUAAGAAACAUCGAAACAACAUCCAAGUAUUGUCCCAACCACACCAGGUUUUUAAGAAAAGGCUGAAGAUAGCUAUAUUUUUGUAAAAGAAAACAGGCUUGAUUUUAGAUUACUUAGUCAUUACGCCAAGCUCAGGUGAAUAAAUUAGGUCCUUCUAAUAUAUUUGUUCAUCAGAAAAAGACACCACAAAUUACUCUUUAAAAUUAUCUAUAUUUUACCUUUUGUUGUCACUGACAACAAUAUAGCUGUUGUAAUAAACUUUGGGUUUCAAGAUUAUUACAGGACAAUAUAUUUAAUAGUGAGAUUUCUGAGUUACAUCCUUCAACUGUAUAGGGGUAAUCAAGAAGAAAUUAAUUUAUAUUUUUAUAUGGAUUUGAACAAACUUUUCACCAGAGUAUCCCAGCUUAAAUUCUUAAGAAAGAGUGUUGUCCUGUUUUCCGAUGGAGGAGAAAACAUGCUGUAUUUUGAAGUUUGAUCAUGACAGGAAGCAAAAUGUUGAAAUAAUUCUUAUGGCAAAGCACAGAAUGCAGUGAUUGAUAAGGCAAUAUGAGUAUCAAAAUUCAUUAUUAAUAUGUUUAUUGAAAGGGAAAAGAAAGUGAAAUUGUAAAAAAUUCAUUAUUGUCAUAGAUCUAUUUAUUUAUUCUCAUAAAUUUAGUUAGUUUCAAGGACAUAAUAAGGGAACUAAGUAGGAGCUAUGAAAACCAAGUGAUUGCAUAAUAGGUCUUAUUCUAUUCAACAGUAAUGAGUGGAUUGUAGCAGUGUUAAUGGCAAGAAAUAUAAGCUGAACUAAUGCCAGCUCCAGAAAAACAAGAAUUGUUUGGAACUGAUUGGAAAGAAAUUAUGUUCAACCUACAGAAGACUCGGCAGAGAACUUCCAUGGGGCGAGUCACUGACUCUGAAGUCACUUUCUCCUAAAAGAAGUGAAAGCAAAAAGAAGAAAACCGAAGCUAAAUUAAGGAAAAUUAACUUCAUUGGAGAAGUGAUGACAGUGGCUGCUCAGUUCAGAGACAAAAAUUGAGGUAACUGAAGGAACUCCAUGAGGUGCCUUCGUGCAUGGGAUAAUCCAUUGAGAGACAAUGGAUGGGAAGUGGAAAUCAAGCAGAAGGAACAAGUGCCUCAAUCCAUCAUUCAUGGAAAGCUACUCCUGAUGUCUGAAUAACAGGCCAAAGUGGGUGAACUUUCAACCUUUUUUUUUUAUACUACAAUCUUUUUUCAAGUCUUACGUAUCAGACUUAAUGGGAAAACUCCUCCCAUAUAAAAUAGGACAUAUAUUUUCAUUUCUGCUGAUGUAUUUUUCCCUUAAAAUCUUUAGAAAUAUACUAGGCAGGGCUGUCCCAUGUGUUAUACCUGCUGUAUACUGCUGCAUAUGUCAGAUUUCUACCCAUGAAUAAAAAUACAUUUGUUGUAUCACACUUCAGUUCAGAUAAGCUCUUUUGCAGUUGUGCAAUGACUGACUCUCUUUCACCUUGUUGGCUGUAAGAUGACCUUUAUCCUCUCAAAGCUGUCACACAUUAAUUUUUGUAAAAACUGGGGAAGCAUUAAACAUUGCAUUUGCAAAAAUUUUAGAAGUAUUUUGUGCAUAAUUUAUGAAGUGUUUAAGUACUUGAAAAAUAUUCCAUCUCUGGACAGCCUGUAAAAAUCUUAUCUUCAAUACAUGAAUUUCACCCCUCAAAUUCCUGCUUGGGAGUUCAGAGGGUCUUUCAUUCACCUUAAAGAGAGUGAGAUAAUUUCACUAGUUUUGAGUCCUGACCACACAGGAAUACCUGAGUGAAGAAGCACCACCCACUGGCAGUAAAUUAAUUAUUUGAAUUAUAGUAAUUAAUAAUUUGAAUUAUAGAAUCCUUAAGUUGAAAAAUACUUCCAAGAUCAUCAAGUCCAACCUUGGAUGGAUUAUCAUCAUGGCCAGUAAACCACAUUGAGAAUGCCGUGUCUACUCACUUCUUGAACAUUUCCAGGGAUGGUGACUCCCCUGCUUCCCUGGGGAGCCUGUUCCAGUGUUUAACUACUCUUCCAGCGAAGAAUUUUUUCCUAAUAUCCAACCUAAAACUUCCCUGUUGAUUGAUGCCCUCAAUAAUAACAUUUAGGGUUUCUUUUGUUUUUUUUUUUAAUCCAAAAGGGAAAAAAUUAACUAUAAAUUUUUGUUCUCCAGUUCUUAUAACCUUUCCCUAGUAAUCCAUACUCUCAUCCUCUCAGUACUCAUUGUCCCUGAACUACUUUUUCAGAAGAUUCCAUCCCCAGAGAAAUCAGUCCCUUAGGAUCUCUCAAAAAACAGAGUAGGGAGAUGAAUCCCUUUGUCUUACCAGAGGUUUAAAUGUUAUUUUCUUUUCCAUGUGACUGUACUCUUGAAGUAUACAACUUGUUUUCUCCAAAGGUUUUCUACCCUAAUUGCUCACAUCCACAUUGCAGAUGCCAGUAGCAUUUGGUUGUCUGGCUUAGGGUAUUUUCUUUGGUUGGUUAUUUCCCAAUUAAUCAGAGCUUUGAAUACCUUGAAUCAGCAGAGCCUCAUUAUUAAUCAGUUACAAUCUCUGUGUAAUACAUGACUGGAUGCUUAAAAGACAGAAGCUGAAAAUAUUUUGCUAAAAACCCUUUUGUUCUUCCAUGAGGAAGCCUUACACUGGCAGGAAAAGAAAGUAAGGAGUUAAAUAAGACAUGGAGUGGAGGAUGAGCUUAAAAGAUGGGACUGAAAAUUAAACAAAAGUUAAAGUACAACUACUCUAAAUUUGAGGCUCACAAUAUCAGCAUUUCUUUUCUUUCUUAUAAAACUGGCAAUGUUUUAUCCCUUCUGACUUACCUUUGUUCUCACUUUGACUUUUUUACAUUAAGAGAGCUUAAAUAAGGCAUUUUGGUUUUUUUUUUUUGUUUGUUUGUUUUUUGUUUUG